AUGGUGAAGGAUGUUUUAGCUAGUCCAGUAUCCACUGUCGCUUCUGAAAGCACGUUUAGUACCGGGGGCAGAGUUCUAGAUACAUAUAGAAGUUUACUAACCCCUGAAAUGGCAGAGGCUUUGAUUUGUGCACAAGACUGGUUGAAACCUACACUUAGUCAAUUCAAGGACUUGAAUAUAAAUGAAGAAUUUAAGUUGUCUGCCACUAUUGUUUCAGAAUUUGGUGGUCCCUCUACUAGUGGAUCAACAUCUGGUGAUGGAUCUGAUGCUGUUGGAAACGGAAAUGAACCAGUUGCUGUUUGUUUUUUGGAGUCAUUUGUGAAAAUGACCUUAUUUUGGGCUACUGAUUAUUUUGAUGAUGGUUGUGGUUUUUGUAUUUUUUCAUUUGAUUUACUUAUAUCUAUGUAUGAUGCUUUGUUGUUGGAUCGAUUCCUUGACAUUCUUCAGGAUUUGCAUGGCGAAGAUAUCAGACAAACUGUUCAAGAUUGUUAUGAGUUAUCGGCAGAGUAUGAAGGGGAGCAUAAGCCGGAGAAGCUGGAGGAGCUUGGGAAUAUGUUGACUGGUCUUGAUGUUGGAGAUUCGAUUGUUAUAGCGAAAUCGUUUUCGCACAUGCUUAAUUUGGCGAAUUUGGCGGAGGAAGUUCAGAUUGCGUAUAGGAGGAGGAUUAAGUUGUUGAAGAAAGAAUCAGAGUGUGGAUCUGGUUUUAACUAUUCAUCCUACGCAGCCGGUUCGUCGAUCUUUGCUGCAAAAGCAUGGAAGGUUAUCACAGAAGAGCACGGCAUAGCUCUCAACAAAGUCCGACCUGAAAUGCUUGGCACUGCAAAAAAGAUUACUGUCACCAUUGAUGAUACUAUUGUUCUACAUGGUGGUGGGGAUAAGAAGUUUAUUGAAGAUAGAUGUGUGCAUCUAAGGGAAGCAAUGGAGAGAAGUUCUGCAACAUUUGAUAAAGAAAAGGCACAAGAACGGCUAUCAAAACUCUCCGGCGGUGUUGCUGUUUUCAAAGUUGGUGGGGCUAGUGAGGCAGAAGUUGGAGAACGGAAAGAUAGGGUAACUAAUGCUUUAAAUGCCAUUAGAGCAGCUGUGGAGGAGGGUAUUGUUCCAGGUGGCAGAGUUGCUCUCUUAUAUGCUAGCAAAGUCUUGGAGAAUCUUGAAACUAAAAACGAGGAUGAGAGAAGAGGAGUACAGAUUAUUCAGUAUGCACUCAAGGCACCUACAUUUACAAUAGCUGCAAAUGCUGGUUUUGAUGGUUCUUUAAUUGACAACAAAUUGUUGGAACAAGAUAAUCUUAAUUUGGGUUUCGAUGCUGCUAAAGGAACUUAUGUUGAUAUGGUGAAGGCUGGGAUUGUAGAUCCUGUUAAAGUUGUUAGAACAACUUUGGUAGAUGCUGCCAGUGUAGCGUUGUUACUGAUGACAACCGAGACAUCUAUUGUAGAAAAUAUGAGUGAUAAAAACAAACCUCCUCAAAGGGUGGCAGAUAUGGAUGAUUUGGACUACUAA